AUAUUCGCGGCUCUUGCUAAUGGAGAUGUGUUCUCGAAUAUGCAAAGUGCGGCACAAGAUGCCUUAGGAAAAACUCAGGAAGCAGGACAGCAAGCCUUGAGUACUUUUAAUGGCUUUGCACAAUCCCUAUCUAACGGAAGUUUCCCAUCCGGAUAACCAAGACAUAAAGCAGAUUUAUUUAGCAAAAUAUUAUAUUGUAAACCUACUAUGAAUAGAUAAUGUUUCCAAUAAAUUGUUACAGGACAAAUAAAAUACUGUUUUUUAUUUGUCCCAAUAAACUCUAGUUCAUAACGAACUCUCCCCCUUUUUAUCGAUCAAUCAAUGGGGUUGACAACUAACCCCUUUAAUAGUUUUGACAAUCGGUUGUUAAAAAACGAUGCAAAAAGCAGCCCUUAAAGUAAAUUAUCCCAAAAAGAAGCCGAGAUUAAAGCAGCAAGACUUUGGGGAUGUCGGUGAGCCAGAAAGGGUCUCACAGUACGAAAUUUUAAUGGAAAAUUUGAAAAUUGCCAAUAGGGUGACUUUUUUGCAUAGAAUCAUUUAUGUUGGACAACACACUUUUAUGAAUUACCAAGAAUGCAGAAACAUAUUUUCGGAGAUAAUCAGUAAAUGCAAUGAGACCUACUGCAUGGAAAAACUGACAGGAUUCCUGCUUUAUUACAGAGAAUACUUUGUGCAUAUGGUCGAGGGUGACGAAGAUAACGUCAAUAAACACUUAAAAUACCUCCUGGAUAAAAACGCUAAUCAUUACAAGAACCUAAAGGCGCUAAAGCUUCUGAUUCAUAUUUCUAACAUAAAUCAGCGGUUUUCAGACGGUUGGCAACCCUUCACCGGAAUACCAUCCAAAUUGCUUGAAAAACUGGAUGUGGAGUCAUUGGACGUCGAUUUUCGCCAGUCAAGUCGAUAUGUCUACAAUUGUAUCAAGAAAUUGUAUUCUUUGAUUGGAUCUUAUUGUGAAGAUAUGGCCAAUAGGAACGUGGAAAAUGAAAAAGUGAAAGUUAGUUUUAGCGUAAAUACUGAGGACUAUUCUGGAUCAGGUUCUGAAAAUCUUAGUUCCUCCCAAAUAUUGAGAAACCUCAGCAGCUCCAAUCAAGGGGACGAAAAUGUAGACGUGUCUUUAAAGGAAUACAAGUUAUUUCUGCCAGAGUACGAAUUACUCGAAUUCGUGAUAAAUUCCAAGUUCACCAUGUCAUUGCAUAGUUAUUAUGGAUUAUAUGGAGUAGUGCCUAUGAGGGAGAUUUACAAGGAUAAAGUAUGGCCCGUUCCCAGUAGUUUUAUUCCCUACGACGUCUUUGAGAAACCAUACGAGUGCCCUAUUGAAUUACCAAAAGAGUCUAGAUAUAAGAAAGACACUUUGGUGAAUCUGGAAUCUUUGAGUGAUUUAUCGAGGAUCAGUAAAUCAGGCAGUGGUGCUUCCGUGGUAAAAACGGUUAUGGAUAUUUUGAAUGAGAGCGGCAGUGAUGCCAGAGCCUCGCGGGCACCCAGAUCUACAGUUGGAUCGAGUGUUGUGACGCCAAGCGGUGAAGAAGCACAGCAAGGAUCUCGUACAGGACAUACCGAAUGAGUUUCCUUUUUAGAAAUUAAAGUUUGUUUUUA